ACACGUUGUCUUUUGUGAUAAAGUGUAGUGCACUUCAGCUGGUAUUGCUAUUGUGUGGCUACUUGUGAUUCACUCAUACACAGUGUACUCUUCCAAAACAAGUAUUAGCUGAUAAGAGUUCAGGCACCGCCCCAACCUGAUGGACCUCUUACGUUUCAUGUUUCACGACAUUUAAAAGAAACAGCCCACAGCACUGGCUGAGGAUCUGUUACCCAGCACACAGGAUCUGUGGAAAAUGCCUGGACGCCCCGGGGGACACUGUGGAGGAGGAGGACAUGGACAUGGACAUGGUGGUCACGGCCAGGUUGGAUGCCAUGGAGGGAAGCGCAGGUGUAGGCCAAAGCGUGGACGCAAGCAUAUGAAAUGUCACAAGAAGGGAAAGGAAUGUCACGGGUCCUCCAGCAGCUCCUGCAGCAGCAGCGACUCUGACAAUGGUGGUCAUGGUCAUGGACAUGGACAUGGACAUGGACAUGGUGGUCAUGGACAUGGACAUGGACAAGGUGGGCAUGGCCAUGGACACGGACAGGGUGGAUGCCAUGGAGGGAAGCGCAGGCGCAGGCCAAAGCGUGGACGCAAGCAUAUCAAAUGUCACAAGAAGGGAAAGGAAUGUCACGGGUCCUCCAGCAGCUCCUGCAGCAGCAGCGACUCUGACUAAAUGAACGUUCCUGGGCAGGGGAAAAACAACUUACCACCUGCAAAUGUUGAGUUUCUUAUACCCAUAAGCAUUUAAAUUCAUGUCACACAAAUGUCAACAAGCUUUUGUGGAAUAUGACUUGUUCACUGAUUGUAAGGCUUUUAUAAAACAUAAUAAAAGUGAAAUUUGAGCUUGGAAUUCUCAGAUCUUUUCUUUUUAGACACGUCACUGUAUUUCUGUUAACCUGUUGAUUUGAUAAGCUAAAAUAGCUAACGGAUUUUCAGAAUAUUGCAGAAAGAUCUGUGGCAAACAAACGUUUAUGAUACUUCAACUUGUUAUAUAGCAGGGUAAUCACAUAUUAACACGAUGAUUUUUCAAAGCAAAAAUGCAAUCGACAUAAGUUAAAAGUAAGCGUUAGCCAUACAAAACUACAUCAGUCACAUGGCUGCGCAUCACCACCGCUAAAGGCGCUAUUGUUUGGUGUGAUGAUGUUUAGUGUCUCAUUUGAUCAUGACACAUUGAAGCAUCAGACAUUCAGCCAUAUUAUUCAUUAUAUUAUAUUAUAUAACUAUGGACGUAUUUUAUGUCAAAAAAACUAAAUGUGUAAAUGUCGUAAGCUUGUGUUAACCACAGAUUUUAUAUCUGGCCUCUAACCAAAAAAUUGACGUUAAGACGAGGGAAACAGAAGUGAAAUGCUGACUCAUUUCCAGCUUUCGGAGGGGCCAUAUUGGGUAGAUUUUUAGGUUGCAUAUUUGUAGAUGGUAUGUGUUUGUAUAUUUGUAUUUAUGUCCCCAUGCUUUAAUGUCCCCGGAGUGUGUCGGAGAGAAAGUCCCUGAAGGCUUUGCAGACCAUUUACAUGCACAACAAACUAUAUAACACACUACAGGAAAGGGGAAACCCUAAAAAAGCAUGAUAGGGCCUCUUUAAUACUCAUUCAUGGAACACUUGCAUGUAUGGCGUUUAAAAAAGAGGACUUAAUGUCAAGUCUCCCACACAGGAUCAAAUGAAUGAACUCAGUUAAGUCUCAGGAGAUCGGGUUACAAAAUAUUAAGUGUGCUGUAUUUCUCCACAACUCCCUCACAAACAAAGUUUGGGGAGUGGAGCUCUGCCCCUUAUGAUGGACAUGGAUUCUUUUAGGUGUGGUUUGAAAUAAAGGCAGAGCCAGCGUACUGCGAUCACUGUGGAUCUGCGCUCCAGCUCAAGUUACAGCGUUUUAAACUGGAAUUUCAAGAUGUACUGGAAUAAGGAAGGAUGUCCUCCUAAGCCCAUGCCAGGCAUUGCACCACCCGGACCCUACCCUACCCAGUGUCCAACAGGCAUAGCACCAGCCGGACCCUACCCUACCCAGUGUCCAACAGGCAUAGCACCAGCCGGAUCCUACCCUCCCCAGUGUCCAACAGGCAUAGCACCACCCAGACCCUACCCUCCCCAGUGUCCAACAGGCAUAGCACCACCCGGACCCUACCCUCCUCAGUGUCCAACAGGCAUAGCACCACCCGGACCCUACCCUCCCCUGUGUCCAACAGGCAUAGGACCACCUGUACCCUACCCUACUCAACCCUUUGGGCCUCCUGCACACUAUCCUUUGGCUCCACCUAGUGGAGGGUGUGGACAUAGCUGUGGCCCUGGACAUGGACAUAGUCAUGAUCAUGGACAUAAUCAUGAUCAUGGACAUUGUCGUGACCAUAGUCCUGGUCGAGGUCGUGGACGCGGUCAUGGGCAUGGCCACGAUCACGGUCAUGGUCAUGGUCAUGGUCAUGGUCAUGGUCAUGGUCAUGGUCAUGGCCACAAACACAAGCAUGGUCACAAGAAAGGAAAGAAGGGUCAUGGGUCCUCAGGCAGCGACUCCGACUAGAGGAAGACCAAGAAGAAACAGCUGGAAACCUUCAUCCUGCUACCUGAAGCCCGCGGGUGUGCAGAACUUCAUGGGGUGUCGCAAGGCCUUUUACAUUUUAAAAGUUGUAAGAAAAUUAAUAGAAAAUGUGAUUACUUGGCCUAUAUCUCGGAAUUGAAUCCUUAUUUUGGAAAGGUUAAAGAAUAGUGUAGAGUUUGGAUUAUUUUUUAAGAUGUAAAGUUUCUUUUUAAUUCUGAAUUUGUGAAAAAAGGACCAUGUUAAAUAAAAAAAGGAAAACAUUAUCAAGACAUAGAAUUGUGUUCAUAGUUCCUGAAAAUUACAGGAACUCUCUGAUCUCUGAUGCAAGAAACAAUCUGCUCCAAAUCCAUCCAACACACAUUUCACAAUAACAUCCAGCAGUUAUUGCAUUCAUAGUUUUGUUACAGGUUACAAGUUGUUUGUACUGUUGAAUAUUGUGCAAUAUUAAUCAAGGUUGUGAUUGUACUGAAUGAUAGAAAGGGUGUCCUUAAGAAAGGCUAUGUACCUCUGCCUUAAACACUGCAUACUAAUGAUCACUAGUAACGGUUUAUUUGACUGCUUACAUCUCAAUGAAUAUUCAGGGUUUCAAAUCUUAGGCUCACUUUAGAAGCCAAUAAAGGCAUGUGGAAAAAACA